UCCUAUUGGGAUGCAGCUGACCAUUAAUCAGCAACGCCCCCCUAGUCUGUACCCCAUAUCUAGCGUGGUGCGUCUUUCUCGACUCGAGGAAUCCAGGAUAGAAUGGCGGCGCAAUCAUCAGCUCGUGUAGAGUUGUCAUGAGCGGUACAACCUUUGGCUUUUGUUGAAUAAUCAGUGGACUGCACAACCUUCGGCCCGUGCUUUCCUAAGGAGUGUGUGUAUGUAUUGCCGCGACUAAGUAAAAGUUUAUCGAUCGGAUAGGAGGGAUAUGAAACGGGGACACAACGAAGGAAACAUCAUUAAACGUUGACAUCGGCGUUUCUGAGGAACAUUUCUUUAAUGUUAAUAAGAUAAUGUUAAUAAGAUAGAAAACCGAUUACUCGCGGUCGACUCGAGUUUAGAAGGGUGAUAUAUUUUCUUCAGGAAAAGGAGAUAUAAGGAUACUGUAAUAAUGUUCACACUCAUCACACUCAAUUCUUUAUCCUAUUCUUAUAUCUAUUAUGUAAUUACAUUUCACCUUAUUGCGAUCCGAUUUCUCUCGAAGCAAAAGGAAAAGGAGAAUCUACGGAUAUAAGGACAAUCCCACACGUAUAUCGAUAAUCUUUAAGAAGACACACGAGGGCAGUCCGAUAAGUACUUAGCCUACAAAAAAACAAAAAUUUUGGAAAAGUGGCGAUUUAUUUCUUAACAUAGUCUCUUUUUAGCUCGAUACACUUUACCCAGCGAUGCUCCAACUUUUUCAAUCCAUCUGAAAAAUACGUUUUCUUGAGAUCUGCAAAGUAGACCUUCGUGACGGCAAAGACCUCCUCAUUCGACUCAAAUUUCUGCAGGGCAAGUGAUUCUUUCAAGUUGGAAACAAAAAAAAGUCGCGGGGCCAAAUCUGGAGAACACGGUGGAUGGGGCAGCUUAACCCUAUCACGAUUCUUACGUAGAUUUUAGGUGACUUGGUUUUUUACAUGGGUUUUCGAAAUCACGCGGUUUUUUACGCUAUUUUUCCAAUAAGCACGGUUUUUUACGAGGUACGUAUUCCCCGCGUAAAAAAACCUGAGUGUAUCGAACAACUAUUCUCUCAGUGAUGAAUUAUGGCAGUUUCUGUUUUCAAACAGCUGCCAAAACACACCUCAUUAAACUUGAGCAAGUUUAAUACCAUUGUCUCCGUACUGCGUUGUGAUGUAUGCCCUUAACACACACCAUGAGUCUCGAGGUUUUGGCAAGCACUGAAUAAUCACUUCAAUUUAGUGUUGUAAACGGUCGACAUUUCUCUCAACCAUUACAUACUGCUCUAGCGCGAGUCACGGCUCAAUAUGUACACCCAGGUUUUUCUUUGCGGGGGAUACGUACCUCGUAAAAAACCGCGUUAAAUGGAAAAUCCACGUUAAUUGGAAAAUCCGCGUAAAAAACGCGUUAAUUGAAAAAUCCGCGUAAAAAAAAUCCAUGUCACCUAAUGAUAGAUAUCAAAUGGGACUAUCUUUACGUAGAACGGAAGUAAAAAGUUGAGUGUUGCUCGCUUCCGAAAACCCGUAGUUUUAUCCUGCAAUUUCGUUGGUUACUGGUAACUAUAGUUCGGUUUUCCUCACGAAUGAGGUCAUCUGCUGUUGCUAGAAGAUUCCCUAGUAAUUUGUACACUCUUCUACCGAUGCACGUUCAGUACCACUGUUGGACAGUCCAGAGCUAAGUAGACAGGGAAAAACAUUCACGAAUCGCUGCCAGAGCUGCGAUUUGUCGUGAGAAUCAAGUGAUGGUACUCACACAAAGAUAAUCAACAAAUUUUGUACGACGAUUAUAUUUGGUGACCAUCUCAAAGCCAGUUCAAUAGUGUGAGAAGAGUAUUAUCACAACACUAACACAUGGUGAGCUUCUACUUGACAGUAGAAAUUCGAGCUCUUUGGUGAGUGUCCUGUUGCUGAAAUGUCAGAAUAGUGCGACACUCAAAAGUCUAGCUGAUGGUUUAGUGUUUGGCGAUAUUCACAACAUUCGCCUCUUUGUGUUCGUCCUUUACGGCCAGGGAUGCCAGAUGUGAAUAUACAGUUUCAUUUUAAAUACAAUUUGAAGAAUAUUGUAUUUUCAGGCAUGUAUUUUCUUUUCAUCUUUUCAGAUGGCCUUAAUGUUUUUAGUGGCACUUCGCCGACUCUACGUAGUAUCACACGUGUCAUUUGUAUUAGUACUUAGUUUGUGGAAUGACACGCCUUGAUUAUCCCCUCUAUUGCGGAUCCCGAUCGGGUUUGAAAUUAGCAAAAUGAUGCAUUUUGAAACACGUUCGACUUCGAUUUUUUUUACCAAAUUUGUUUCUCAUCGUUGCAACGAUGCUAAAUUCGUAGACAUAUUCGCAAUUUUACUGAUGUUUGAUGUCCUGCCUAUCCUGUUGCAGACUUAUAUUUUCAGUUGCAAGCUGCAGUGAUAUGGCAUUUCUACUCUUUUUUUACUCUGGAGGUGAUGACAUUUACUUUGACAAAGGCCAACAUGAAAACAACAAGUCACCAAGUAUUUUUGUAUACAUUAUACAUCAAAUAUUUUUGUGUACACUGGCUCUCUGGGUUGACCGCUACCGACCGCGCCAGCUAUCCAAACUGGACUACCACAAAACGCAAGUUACGCAUCUGAUCAAUCUUUGCUCCCAGGGAGACUUCCCGCAUGUUCUACGGCCCUUCCAGGCCAGUAACAAAACUCGCAUCAUGUGUCUGCUGCGGAAACUUUACCAACCGGGCGCGGAACGGCUACGCAAUGAGAUAAUGAAUUUCACAACGCCCUCGAACCGGAAGGUGGAAAUCAGGAGCAUCAGCAGUAAUUACCACAUCGAGUUGAAUUCAUCGGUUGCCGUGAUAUAUAACAGGGUGGUCGUGUCGAAUUUGAUCAAGCAAAUUGAUCCCAGUGGGUAGAGGGAAUAUGAGACUCGUCUUGUCCGAAGUGGAUUAGUUGAUAAAAGAUACCCAGGAUGCGCUGAGAAGAACCAUUGAAAAGUAUUUGUCUACGUGCAGAUUGAUUUUGUGCGCCAAUUCUACUUCGCGGGUUAUCCCCGCGGUUAGGAGUCGUUGCUUGAGUAAGAGUGCCGGCUCUAUCUUAGGAGGAUAUUCUUCAAAUUUUCUAUCACAUUCCUUCGGAGCUAACGAAAAGAAUUACGCUAUCCUCAUGCUGGAAGCUUGCAAGGUACAACUGUAACCGUUCACGGUCAACUAUAAGGUGCCGUAAAUCGACAGGCAAAUAUUCCUUCGAGAAACCGCCAAUCAGAUUGUCCUCGAACAAAGUCCACAGAAGCUGGAAGUGGUGACGAAACAGCUAUACGAACUGCUAUCCCAAGGCGUUCUAUCGAAUGUUAUAAUCUGUGGAUUGGUACCUAAUCUGGUUAAAAAUUGCGACGAGUCUGAAGACGCAAACGUUGAAUUUUGCCGGGUACUAUGAACACCGGAUGCAGCAAGGAAGCAAACAUAUAUUCCAUCUGGAAUUGUUCGUGGCGCAGUUAAUGGCACGGUAUAAGAAGUUUCUCAAUAAAGCCUCAAUGCAAGUGGAUGAUUUUUAAGCGAUUCUUUGAGAUCGCAAUUUUCUUUCGUUUUAUGAAAAAAUUAAAUUUUUGUGUUCAUCACACGUUUAUUAACUAAACUUCAAUAGUUCUGGUAAUGAUUAACACAAAAUAAAAAAAAAACACGCAUUGUCGGUUUUCAAUCGGAUCGUUUUCAUGAUCCGCAAAACAAUUAUGAAAUGGUAAAUUUAUCAAUAUACUUAAAUACCAUUUCAUUCAAAAACCAUUAUGAUGCACCAUGUUCAUUUGAAAAUUAUAUUUAAUGUAACUUUUAAAAUCAUGACACCAUAAUAUUUUUUAUUAUAUAUGUCUGUUCAUUUUAACUACAAGAAAUAAAUAUUCGCUCGAUUAAUCGAAUACUGAAAGACAAUUGUUCGAAUGAAUCGAAUAUUGGCCCCACGAUUAAUCGAUAAUCGAAUAAACGAAAAAUUUAGACAUCUCUAACAACAACAACAACUUCUACUUCAACAAACGAAUCUAAACAACCGUCGCGAUUGUCAAGAAUGAUUGGAACUGUCUGAUCACUCACAUUUCUACUACCAUCAUACGCCACAACCACCGCUCUCGUAACGUAAAGUUGUAAACAGAGCGAUCAGCAGUGAGAGGCAUUGGAACCAACCGUCAUUUGGUUAGGUGUCAGAAACAAAAUAGUGAGUAUCACUACUGAAUAUUUGGAUCUCACGUGCCGUGAGAGGAAUUGAGUGACUAUGGUCAGCUUUUUUGUGACAUUGACGGUGAUGGAUUGCAGCUCUGAUCGCUGCUCGUAAAAACUCCGUCCCGUUGUACCGCCCGGCGAGCUCCCCGUUACCCAACACCUAAAAUCCACGUAAGAAUCGUGAUAAGGUGCGGCACUAAGCGCUCCGUUACAAGUACUAAUAACCGUAAUGUGCUCUGAGGGAACAUGAGAGAAAAAUGUGAGUUGAGGGGACGCGGGUACCGCGUAAAAUAAAACUGCGUUAAUUGGAAAAUCAGUGUAAAAAAACGUGUUAAUUGGAAAAUCCGCGUAAAAAAACCUUGUAAAAAAAACGUGCAAAAAGACCUGGGUGUAUUGCCAUUGUGACCAAGAAUGCAUUGCUCGGUUCCAACAGUCACCUCAGAAAUAAACGCACAAUCGCAAACACGACCAUCAAUUGAGCGUUUAUAUAUUCUCUCUUUCUGUCGAACGUACCCAGAAGAGCGGUGAAUAUAUGCUAUUUUAAAUCUACCAUUCGUGCUCAUAACCAUCCUUUAAUUCCAGCUUAUAUGACCGUAGUUUUAAUGUCAUUUGGCAUUGAAACUGCAGUGGUAUGCAUUCUUAUUCUCUCUUUAUUCUGCAUUCAAGCGUAGCUGCACACAUAUAUCCACCUUCUCACUCACACAUCCAUACACGAUGGAUGAUAUUUAGACGAAUUGCUUAGAUCAAAGCAACCGACAAACUCCCCCCUAUCAAGUGCGAAUGUGUUGAAUGAACGUUUUCAGCGAUGAGCGUUCCCCGUGAACACUGUUGUUUAAUUACGGGACGAGGAAUAGCUAAUGAAUAAGAUGGAAAAAAACGAAAUGUCAUAUGACAUUUUUAGUUCGAUGGUACUUUGACUGUUCAUGUUAUGAUGUUCAUUAAUGACACAGCACAUACGUCUCCAUAAAUAGAUGGUAACCAUUAGCAAGACUGCUUCAAUUUGUUAUUUCAUCGGUUCCUCGUCCGGUGUGAGGUUAUGAACCCAUUGGUGAUCGGAAGUUUUGUUAAUUUUAAUUCACUUCUCUAAUAUUUCAUCUUCUAUAUCAGUUUUCGCUUAUCAAUGUCAUAAUCUCACAAAAUGGAUCGAUAAAUCAUCAAAGAAAAAACAAUGCACCAAAGAUAACACUCAUUCCACCUGACGCCGACAUUCCUCUUAUCGCACGCAUACUCACACACUCAGGUUUAUCGAAUCUUAUCGGGCCAGUCCAUUCACCGUUUAUCGCCGCGAACGAACAGGAGCAAUGAAGCCGGCUGUAAGCAACAUUCCCCACUUCGUCCAGGAUGGUAUCCGGAAAACAGCUUCCAAACUAAACUUCGGCCCCCAAUUCACCGUUGAUUACGACUUCCGCAGUGGUGCAAACAGUUCGAGCUGUGUUUCCAUCAUCUACCGCAUCACGUUACGAGAAGAACCACGUGAAGUUACACUCCUCUGCAAGGGUCCUCUGGCGGGGGCCAAUGACACUUUGCUAGCUCUGUUCGAACGGGAGGUUUACAUCUACCAGCAGCUUCUACCGGCUUUUGGAGAAUUCCAGCGCGAGCACGGCAUUGAGCAGACGGCCGAAGAAUUUGUUUUCGCACCGAAUUGCUACUACGCCUACUACGACGCGAAAUGCCGGGAAGGUAUUCUGAUACUGGAGGAUGUGAGCAGACGAUUGUUUGGCGAUCGGAGCCGGUUUGGGGCCACCGAUUACGACCAUGGGCGACUAGUAAUGGUUCAACUGGGAAGAUUGCAUGCAGUUUCGCUGGCUCUGAAGGAACAACAUCCCAAACUGUUUGGUCGUUUUCAACAACUGGGAGAUGUCACCAAGGAGCAAGUUUUAGCGAUGGAUGAGUUCAAGAGUGUGAUGGAUCUAUCAUUUGACCAGGCUAUCGCUACGCUGAACGUGCACGAGACGGCGAAAAAGGAAAAGUUGGCCAAGUUGAAGCGCUCGUUCGUGGAGGAUCUGAGGGCAAUCGGAGACGGCGAACAGUCCGAGCCAUUUUGCGUUGUUUGCCACGGAGAUUACAGCGGCAGUAAUUUUAUGUAUAACUACAACAGUGGUUUCCCCAAUCGAAUGGUGAUACUGGAUUGGCAGCUAGCAAAGUAUGGAUCGCCUGCGGUGGAUUUUCUCCACUUCAUGUUUCUCAGCACAGAUGAAUCAUUUCGGCGCCUUCACUACGACAACAUGCUGCAGACGUACCAUGGCGCUUUGAGGGACCACUUGGAACGUUUGGGAGAGCACAAUGCAACGGAGCGAUUUCCAUUGACCACGCUGAUGCGAUUAAUCCGUUCGCAAGCCAAGUAUGCAGCUACGCUGGCAGUACUGCAAAUACCGAUGACGAUUGUCAGCGCCCGAAUAGAUUCAAGAGAGGAUGAGCCGGGGGUAUCGGGAGGAACCGAGCUGAAGUAUCAAACUCAAAUGAAUGGUCAAAUCAUUCAUUCAAAGGACACAUACCAUUUUUCGGGUCGAACAGUAUCUUGUCGGUCGAUAAGUCAACUAUGUCGGAAGCGAUCCCCGUGCCCAUCAUGGAUUUCACCAGUGAUUUGGACGGCCCAAGGCGUAACAGUGGAUCUUUCGUGCUCAGGGAAGAGGUUCCAAUCGUGGACGACACAGGCCGCGACGAUGGAUCAUUCGUGUUGAGAGAAGCGGUGCCCAUAAUUGAUAACGGCUGUCUCCCUUUGCCGGCAUACGUUGAGGAAUCAAUCGUCCGUGUAGUUCCGCAGGAAGGGUUCACUCCAGGAAGGUUUUCGAUCUCAAUCGACGGCCUCAAGGGAU